AUGUCAGGAGGCUUCAACUUGGUCAACACCCUGCUUUUCCCGGCACCAGAAGCAAGCUAUGAUCUCCACACGUUUCCCGAGGAGGAGCUCAUAUGGUUGCCACGCAGUCUGGACCCAGAAGAUCCAAACGUCGAGGCCAAUGUUCCGUGCCUAUUCCUGACAUCAAACUCUGCGCGAUUCGUAAUGCUGUACAUGCACAGCAAUGCGGAGGACCUCGGGCGCUGCUACAACUUCUGCAAUAUGCUGCGCAUGCAGUUCCAGGUGAAUGUGCUUGCUGUCGAGUACCCGGGCUACGGAAUUUGUCCCGGUGGACAGGCAGACGAGGUGUCAGUGAUUGAGAACGCCAAGUUGGCGUUUCGAUUCGUCACUGAGGUUCUUCGUUAUCCGUCCGAGGACAUAAUCGUACUGGGUCGAUCUGUGGGCAGUGGGCCAGCCCUUCAUGUAGCAGCAAUGGCAAGGACAUACGGGGUGAUUCUCAUAUGUCCAUUCCUCUCAGUGAAAGAAGUGGUCCGCUGUCACUUGGGGCGUGUGGCGGACUUGAUCGAAGAGCGAUUUCCAAACAAGGAGAAAAUCAAGGACAUUUCUGGAUUUCUGCUGAUCGUGCAUGGGAAGAAGGAUACAGUUGUGCCGUGGACACACGGACAAGAACUCUUUGAGACCUGUACCCGAAGAAAGCGUCUGGUCACACCAGAAGACAUGACGCACAAUGCAAGUCUCCUGACGGAUCCAGGCGUUUUCAUCAUGCCGGUCCUCCAGUUCUUUGGGCUGCCCGAUUACAGCUUCGAGCCCCUCAGGAUUCCAAGUUGGGUGUUUGAUGCGACUCUCACCCCGACGGCCUUGAGAACCGACCGCAAGGCGGUGCCGAAGAGACAGGGGGCGGCUUGCAAUGGCCACCGCCCUGCUCCAAAGACGCAGUCUCGCCUCAUCGCAGGUUCGCCGCUCAAGCAGCUUUUGGGGCCCUCUUCCGUGGAAUCUGACGGUGCGAACACCACCGCUGAUGCUGCGGUCCAGAUGUUCCUGGAUUGGCAAGACUCACGCUCCAGGCCAUUACAGUCCGGAGGCACCUACAGCAAGGUGGCAGAUGAUCUGCAGCGCUCUGAGCACGCUCGGAGACCCAUGACCACCACUGCCAACACUGAUCGCCAAAACGCCACCAACAUCAAAACUGACUACGAUCAUUGUCGUUGUGCCACUUUCUCGGAAAAGGUCAUGAGCAUGGUGGUGGAAUGUCAUGAAGAUGAGGUUCAUUAUGUCAUCGUGGUCAUCUUGGACAUCACGGUUCAUGAUCACUGUGAGAUGGUUGGCUAUGAUGGUUAUGCAGUGGCAAGGAUGAGAAGGGAGGGAAUGCAGUUGGCUGUGGGAGCAAGUUUGGGACUACCGCCAAAGGCCAAAGCCGCCAGACGACGACGGCUUUUUCAAGGCAGUUGUGCGGAGCUGCUGCAGUGGAGGCAGCCGCAGUUCAGAUUGCAGGUGCCGAAAUCUCAUAAUGCUGGACCAACCUUGACAGCACCGGUCGCCCAGCUGCCCCUUCUUAGCUUCUCCGUGGACUUCCUGUGCGAGGGUUUUCCUUGGUGUUUGUGGCUCAAGGGUGCUGACGUGAAGAGCGCGUCGCAAGCUGCCGUUGUAGAGAGCCAGCCGCCCUGGCUUCUAGUGGUUUCUGACGCUUGGCACACAGUGAUGGAGGUGCCGGAGGAGGGCAGGGAGAGAUAUGGCAUCGCUGCGGCGGUGUCCUGGAUGCGGGCCAGGACACGAGUCCUGGCAAAGAAGAGGCAGCAGGGGGUGGGAUUUGUUUCGCUUGACGACGACUGCGAUGAAGAUGGUAUCAGUAUGAGCGAUGCCGAGAGCGGUGAAAAAAACGAGGUCAGCCAGGUUCUGUCCGUCCAUGAGCAGGCAUCGAUGCUCGCUCGACAGGACCUGCAGGUCAGCAGCGGCCGCUCUGUUGAGGAGCGUGAGCUGCGCAAGGUGUGGUGUGUGUUGAAGGAGAGGCGGAUCCAAAUGGCCGAGGGCUCCCGAGACGGAGACGCAGACAGUGCCGCGGACGGGGACACCAAGCCCGCAGAGGGUGUCGAGGAGCUGGGCACCUGGAUGACAACCGAGGAGGAAGAGGACAUUUACAGAGAUGUCGAAGAAAGUGGAGAAACGAACGUCUUGGUGGCUUUUUUGCAGACAAGCCGCAUGUUUCGGAAAACUCCAGCGAGUCAGCUGCAGUGGCUCGCUGACCGGCUGCUUCCCGAGGAGGUGGACCCCGGCGUGCAGCAGCCAUCCACAGAUGUAAAGAGGAUGGAAGCUCCUGAUCCAUGUCCAGGUGCAGCUGGGAACGAUCAGUCUGGGGCAGCUGGAUCUUUCUCCUCCCGGUUGCUGCAGCAAGCCCGCGAACUCGGGGCCGUGGCAAGAUCGUCUCCCCAGCUCCAGUGUCGGGCGGUGCUGCGAGUACUGGUGCGUGGCACUGUCAGCUGGCCAGGAGAAGGUCUACUCUGCCCCGGGGCGCUGAUAGUGGACUUUGGGCCAUUCCUGCCAUCUUGGUAUUCCUGGAGACCAAACAGCAAGGAUCCGACAAUUCUGUCGAAGUCCUUCAUGGCAAGUGCAGAGAUAGACCAGGAGUUCAUCGACAGGCUUGGUGCACCCUUUACGUUGGCAGCGGAACGUGCCGCAUCCUUCUACAUUGCUACGAAGUCCCCGACUCUUCGGAGUGUGUCUGAUGUGGCCAUCAUGGUUCAGUACCUGAGGCAUGUACCAAUGCUGUCACAAAUGUCCAGCGAGACCCUUGAGGCAGUCGCAUUUGCUUUGGAGCUGCGGGAUGUUGAGCAAAACGAGGUUCUUACGAGUCAUGGCGAGCGUCCGACUGCCAUGCUGCUUCCGCUUUCAUCGGUCGUCAGCGCCUGGCGUCGGAUGCCAGAAGGAAAAGUCACUUCUGUGCACGCUCGGCUCAGCGAAGAAGCAAUCCGGCGGGCUCGUGGUGUUCUUCAGGGCUACGAGUCGCCUCCAAAGCGUCUCUCAGUGUCUCCGCGGAAGAGCCAAAGCCGAGGCCGCGAGUUUUGGAUCUGCGUUGAUGUCACUGACAAGGACGAUGUGGUACCUCACAGUGAGUGGGCCAUGGCAGCCUCAUGCCCAUGCAAUGUCAGUCUUGUCGCGAUGCGCCGUGGGAAGGCCUUCUGUCUCUCGAAGGCAGAUUACCAGCGUCAUGUUCAGCAUCAGCGUGUGGGCAUUGUUUUGGAGGUCAUGGCAUUCUUGGGGCGUGUCCUGACCCCGCCUGAUGUAUUGAGUCAAGAUCUGUGGUGGCUCGAGGAGACGCCAUUAGCACGAAGCCCGAUCCUGCGAGCACUUCCGCGUGAUGUUCGUCAGAGAAUUCUAUGCAGCGGUGCACUUCGUAAGCUGCCAUCACGGAGUUGGCUCUGUCGUGAGGAUGACACCUUGCAUGCGUGCUACUUGCUGAUCAGAGGCGAGCUCGAGCUGAGUCUACCCGGAACGGAGCAGGAAAGGCGACGUCUUCUGCCAGGAGUCGUCUUCGGUGAUAAGAUGCUUUGCGUUGAAAGCCCAGAGCCGGGUUGGGCCUCGCGGUAUUGCGCAGGAGGGGAGGACUGCUUGGUCUACGAGGUUUCCAGGCAGAGUUUCGAGGCUGCAUUGCAAUUGUCGGAGGUCACUGAUCCCCGAGUUCCGGAAAUUGAGAAGGCGCUUCAAAUUCCCUUCGGAGCCAGGACAUUCACGCAGCUUCAGCUCCUAUCGAGCUUCUUGGAGAGGCAGGCGCAGUUCGGCGCAGUGGAUUCAUUUGCAAGAUUGGAAGUCAGUGAGUUCGCGGAGCUGCGCAAACUGAGUGCCGGAGAGGCCAUCCCAUUCAGCUUGCAGUGCAGCUGCUGCAUUCUCCAUGGCAAGGUCAGCGUGCUUGUGCGAGAGGGUGACCAGCAGGUUCAUGUCUGCAGUUUAUCUGCGGGGUCAUGGCUGGGUGAGGAGUUUGGCAUGUCCGGUGAUUUCAGCAUUCUCGCGGCCAGGGAUUGCAGCCUCUUCUGGCUCGAUCGGAGCCAUCUUCCGCAGGGUCGGGGGUCCAUCAUUGCCAUCGGCGGAGACAAAGCAACCGAUCGAGCGUCCACAGACCGGGGUCGGGCCAUCCAGACUUUGCGGUUCAAGGCUCCCGAACAGCGCAGUCCAGAAGAUGUGGCCUUGCUCGCGAAGUUGUUCCACGGCAAUAAGUUUUUCGACGAGCAGGAGGAAUCGGUCUUGAGGGAGAUUUGUCGAAGCAUGUCCUACGUCGAGGUGAAGCGGCAUCAAGUCAUCAUCAAGCAGGGCGAUGUUGCGGACAUGUGCUACAUCCUUUUGAAGGGCGCCGUGGGAAUAUGGGUGAGUCGGCAAGACGAACUCAAUGAAGAAGAGGACGCAAAGGAAGAGCCUGAGAUCCCUGCAAGGACUAAGGAAGACGACCAAGAUGCUUCACCCAAAACAAAGUCCAUGCCGCAGCCUGCAGAGAAGGAGACAGAAGUUGAGCCAAGCUCUGUCCAUGCGACCAGAAAGCUGCAAAAGGCAGCUGUCAAGUUGCUCGUGGCAAGGCGAGCCGUCGAUGAUCCAGCACCUCAAGGCAAGCCCACCGAGGAGUCGCAGGACCCAAACUCGGAAGUUGAUCCAGCAACCGGUGGUCCCAGCAAUGCAACCCAGGUGAAGGAGCUUAAAGAAGGAGAUUGCUUUGGCGAGACUGGACUCUUGCACGGCGCACGUCGCAAUGCGUCGAUUGUUGCUGCCGAAGAAUGUCAGCUGGGUUGCAUUAGCAAAGCCCUCUUCGAGAGCAAGCUUCGCGCUGCAUACCUGGCGAAGGAGCAGGCGCGAGUGAAUUUCCUUCGUGACCACUUGCCAAGGACGCUGAACGGUGUCGACCAUGCACAGGUCUUAGGAGGCUUUUUCUCUGAGCAGCAAGUGAGGCGUGGACAUGUGUUGUGUGUGGCUGGGAAGCCGUGCGAGCGUCUCACUAUCAUUCGAGAUGGCCUCUGCAAGGUUCGUACAUCUAGAGAGGGACGAGCUCAGGAAGUUGGCGAAAUUGGGAGGGGCCAGAUCAUUGGGUUGUCGACAAUCGGUGGUAUGGAUGCCGAGCCGUUCACGAUUGUGUGCGCAAGUCCGGAGGUGGCUGUCUUUCGGAUGGACCUUACCGAUGCCCGCAAUCGCAUUCCCACAGAUCUGAGGGAGGCCAUGGCAACUUUCGGACUGCAAAUGGUGGCGCGAAUGCAGCGCCGUGCAGACUUCCUGAAAGCGGCUUUGAGCCCAAGUGGGGAUUCAAUACAGGCGCUGACGAACCUCGAGGAUGCAGAAGGCAGACGUUCGCUGUCACCAAAGACGCUCUGCCUUAGUAGGCCAAAGACUCGAAGCCAGGGACAUGAUGCCGUGCAAGCCGUGCCUGCGACUGCGAGGGCCAGGACAGCACCAUCUGCUUCAAAGGGUGAGGUCCAUGAUGCGCCACAUCGCCGGCAGCUGACCAGGUUGAUGGAACGGCAGCAGCGGGAAUGGGAAGACCUGGUGAUAACCAAGCCAUCACAGUGGUCCCCGAACAUUGUGGCCGAGAAGCAGAAGGAAAAGGAGAGACUGAAGAGACAGCUUCACAGCCGGAACAUCAAGACCGAUAGGCUUCUGAAAGAGAACUCGACCUGGCAGCACGAGAGACAUCUGCUGUUGACUCGUCCGGACCUGUGCGAAAAGGCUACAUGCAGAAGAACAUCUGGGGAAAUCAAGGGUGGUAUUUUUAUUCCAGGUGCUGUGCGACAGGGGUCGAGCUUGCCGCAGCCGCCGCACCCAGUCUGGUUCCCAUCAAACCCUCCGCACGAAGUGCUCAAGGCCACGCCGAAAUCCACAACCCCGCCGCCGCUGCAGCGUGUUAUGGUUGUGGCUGUUUCUCCGUCUUUGCGCCCACCAUAUCUCUGUGAAGAUGAUGACAAUCCAGAUGCCUUCCUUUGCUGUCGGCCCAUGCCAGUCAGGCCGCAGGUUCCAAGCCCGUCUGCGAGGGCCAAGGCUGGAUCGACCGAGUGCGAUGACGGUCCUGGUCCAGAAUCUGCAGAUGUGAAGGAGCAUACCAGCAUGAGAGACCUGAACCCGUUUUUCGUUCUGCACGAGCACCAGUAUUCCGUCGAGGAGGCCCAGGCCGAGGAGGCCCCUAUGCUGCUUUCGGCAAAAGCUUCGCCAAAGCAUCAAUCUGCAGAUGCAAGCAUGGAGGAAUCCAACGAGGUCAUACGUCCUCCCUGCGACACGACCAGGCCCCGGGCUGAACCUCGAGGAGUUGCAACACAGCGGAGACGCAAGCUGGUGCGCUUUCGUCAAGGACUCGGUGAUGUUGCCCCGCAGCAAAAGCUGCCCAGUUCUCACGACGGUCAACAAAUCGUCCUCAGAAAGCACUACGAUCCAGAAGCUUCUUCGGUCCGCUUCGGUGCAGAGGAGAUCCUGCUGCUGGAGUCUCGGAAUGCUGAAGAAGAGGCUUGGCAACGGAAUCUGCUGGAGAUGCACAUCGAGGGUCGGUCUUCAUCUUCUCCGGUCACGCCUACAACCCCUGGAUCUGUCGGUCUUCUGGUUCGUGCGGAGAACGGCGCAGCCCAAGAUGUCUCGCUGCUGCACCAUGCAUCGCAUCACAGCGCCUGUGCUUGGGAUUCCUGGAUGUGUGCCAUGUGCCCCGCAGCUCCUGAGCGCUCAGCCAUUCAGGAGUGCAUCACGGUGGCCCAGGAGACGCAGUCAGACCAGGCCAUCUGGAAGCCAUGGGUAUGUCCGAGCACCGAGCAACACGCGAUAAAGUUCGCCCGCUACAAUCAGGGGCCUGCCCCGAAGUGCUCACCCCGAGAUGAUCCGGAGUUGGACUCAGUACCCGAGGAGCCGCCAAGCUGA